AUGGAUGGAAGAAAACGACAAGAAAAUAACACAAUUCAAAAUUUUCGUAGUAAUAAAAAACGAAAAUUACAAAAUGAAAUAGCAACAAUCAAUAUAAACAAAUCUCGUUUUCAAGAUUUAGCAAAUGAGAUUUUUUAUGAAAUAUUUGAAUAUCUUGAUAUGCAUCAUGUUCAUAAGGGAUUUUUCAAUUUUAAUAAACGAUUUAAAAAUUUACUUAAUAAUUCAAAUCUUCUAACUAAAAUAAAUAUUUCAACAAUAUCAAAAUCAGAUUUUGAUUAUUAUUAUAGAAAUAUUGUUAUACGAAAUAGAGAACGUAUUAAUUUAUUUCGUUUAUCAAAUCCAUUUACAACUGAUAUAAUUUUUUCACCAACAAAUAUUAUUUUAAAAUUUAUUUCUCUUGAAACAUUAAUUUUUGAUAAUAUACAUGUUAAAUAUCUUAAUAAAAUUUUUGAUUAUUUAUUAGAUUUACCUAAAUUUCAUUCAUUAACUAUUUCAUUUAUUGAUUAUAUUGAAUCAUUAGAUAUUUUCAUUCAAAUAUUUCGUUUAUCAAAAUUAGAAUAUUCAUAUUUAAAUGCUAAACAAUGGGAAGAUUUAAUAUUAUCUUCUAUGCCAUAUUUACGUAUUUUCGAUAUAAAUCAUGAAGGUUCUAUACGAAAUAAUAAAUUAACAUAUCAUGAUAUAAUCGAUCGAUUUAAUUCAUCAUUUUGGCUUGAAAAAGAAUGGUAUUUUUCACAUCAACAUAAUUGGUCACAUAGCUUAGAUAGUGGCAUUUUUUAUUCAACAAAUCCAUAUCGUUCAUAUACAUCGGAAAUGAAUUUAAAUUCAGUUAAAUAUGUUUCUAUUUGUGAACAAAAUAUAACAAAUAACCAUGUAAAUUAUUUUCCAAAUGUUACUCAAUUGACUAUUAAAUUCUAUAUUGAAACAUUCGAUGAAUCAUUUACUACAACUAUAAAUCGUUUAAUUCCAUUAUCACAACUUACUAGAUUAAUUAUUGAAUAUAAUGUAUCUGUGUCAAAUCCAAAAGAAUUAAAAGCUUUAAUUAGAUUAGAAAAUUUACUUCAUGAUUAUCGAAUUAAAUAUCUUAAUCAUGAUUUAUAUAUAUGGUGGUAA